GAAAUUGGUCCGCUCGCUAAAUCUUUCCGGUUCCGUGUCGAAGAAGUAGAUGCAUGCGUUAACACAUCCAGCUAAAACAUAGCCAAAACAUUAUUUUAUCUUUAAAAUUCUAAUUUUCACGUGAAUGAUUAUCAAGGGAACCAACUUAAAGAAACUUGGUUUUGUCCUUUUAAGCAGCAUGUCAGACUCUCUUAUCGGGCGUAUAAAAGAGUUGGAGGCAGAGCUGGAGAAGCUGAAGUCUCAGCUGAAGGAGAGCAGAGAGGCUGGAGGUGAUGUAGAAAUGAUGUCCAGCUCGUCUGCUGAUGACGUCACAGACAGAGGCUCUGAAGGGAACUGCACCAGGAAGGAGAGGAAGAAAUCUGGGAAAGAGCGACCCUUUGACUUUGCUGCACAUCCUCGACGCCAUGUGGCUCUGCGGCUGGCCUACCUGGGCUGGGCUUAUCAGGGCUUUGCGGUCCAGGAGAACACUGACAACACAGUGGAGGCCAGACUCUUUGAAGCUCUGCUCAAGACCCGCCUGAUCCAGGACCGCCAGAGCUCCAACUACCACCGCUGUGGACGCACUGAUAAAGGAGUCAGCGCCUUUUCCCAAGUCAUAACUAUUGAUUUGCGUUCCACACAGUUUUGUGGUGGACUCGGGGUCACAGUCCCUGAAAAAGUUGAUCCUUCCAUCAAAUCCAAAGCCGCCUCCUCCGAGCUUCCUUAUGUGAAGAUGCUGAACAGAGUUCUGCCACAGGACAUUCGGAUCUUGGACUGUGCCCCCGUGGCGGAAGGUUUCAGCGCCCGCUUCGACUGCCAGUCCCGCACCUACCGCUACUACUUCCCCCGCGGCUCUUUGGAUGUGGCUUUGAUGGAAGAUGCAGCAAAAAGAUAUGAGGGGACCCAUGACUUCCGCAACUUGUGUAAAAUGGAUGUGGGCAACGGAGUCCUGCAGUUUGAGAGGACCAUCCUGUCAGCGACCAUUAGACCAAUGUGGUCUCAGCAGGCCUCCAGCAUGGAUCAGUACAGCCUGUUUGUGUUUGAGGUCAAAGGUCUGGCUUUCCUUUAUCAUCAGGUGCGUUGCAUGAUGGCAGUGCUUCUUUUGAUUGGGCAGAAGCUUGAAGAUCCUCAGAUUAUUAGCCAACUCCUUGAUGUUGAAAAUAAUCCCAGAAAGCCUCAAUACAGCAUGGCGGUGGACUACCCUCUGGUGUUGCAUCACUGUCACUUUGAAGGGCUGAGCUGGCAGCAGGACACCGAAGAGCUGAACUACGUCAUGUCCUCUCUGCAGCAGCACUGGAUCCAAAGUGCAGUCAAAGCUCAGGUUCUGCAAGAGAUGAUACGAGACCUGAAAGACAGAGGUGGGGUGUCCUCCAAUCAUUGCUGGCUGGUUGAAGGCAGCAGGCAGAAAAAGUACCGGCCGCUGCUGGAGCGUCCGUGCUGCGAGAGCCUGGAGUCCAGGAUUAACCACUUUGUUAAAAGAGGAAGACUGGAGCGAGAGGAGGGGGAGAACGGAGAGGGAACGUUAAAAAGAGGAAAAAGACCCAAACAUUGUCACAAUUCUUCUACCCAUGCAGAGAUCACUAAACAAGCUGAGGAUCAGAAAGCAGAAGAUUAAUGCUUUGAAGUUUUGAGUCGACCUUUUUUUUUUGUUUUUCAGUUUUUGAAAAAAAUAUGAUUUUGGAUAGAAAAAUAAUUAAACAAACUUUUUGUGUUCACGCUUAAAGUUGAUUACUCUGUUUAUCAAUAAAAAAAAAUAAUUUGAAA